AUGGCGCGGGUGUACGCCGACGUCAAUCAGCAGAUGCCAAGGGCAUACUGGGACUACGACAGCGUCAACAUCAGCUGGGGCGUGCUGGAGAACUACGAGGUCGUGAGGAAGAUCGGUCGCGGAAAGUACUCGGAGGUCUUUGAGGGCGUCAAUGUGGUUAACUACCAGAAGUGCGUCAUCAAAGUGCUGAAGCCCGUCAAGAAGAAGAAGAUCAAGCGAGAGAUCAAGAUCUUGCAGAACCUGUCCGGCGGCCCCAACAUCGUAGCACUCCUCGACGUCGUUCGAGACAGCCAAUCCAAGACGCCCAGUCUCAUCUUCGAGCACAUCAACAACACCGACUUUCGGACACUAUACCCCAAAUUCCAGGACUACGACGUGCGGUACUACAUCUACGAAUUACUCAAAGCGCUGGACUUCUGCCACAGCAAAGGAAUCAUGCACCGCGAUGUCAAGCCUCACAAUGUCAUGAUCGAUCAUGAGAACAGGAAGUUGCGCUUGAUCGACUGGGGUCUUGCCGAGUUCUACCACGCCGGCACAGAGUACAAUGUACGAGUGGCCAGCAGGUACUUCAAGGGACCAGAGCUCCUGGUCGAUUUCCAAGAGUACGACUACAGCUUGGACAUGUGGUCGAUGGGUGCCAUGUUCGCAAGUAUGAUCUUCAGGAAGGAGCCAUUCUUCCACGGAAACAGCAACAGCGACCAACUGGUCAAGAUAGCCAAAGUUCUUGGCACCGAAGACUUGUUCGACUACCUGGACAAGUACGACAUCGAGCUCGAUGCGCAAUAUGACGACAUACUCGGAAGAUUCCCAAAGAAGAGCUGGCACGCGUUUGUGAAUCCAGAAAACCAAAGAUUCGUCAGCAAUGAUGCGUUAGACUUUCUGGACAAGCUUUUGCGAUACGACCACCAAGAACGCCUUACAGCCAAGGAGGCAAUGGCACACCCCUACUUCGCGCCAGUGCGACAGGCCGAGCAGCAGCCUUCGAACAAUGUACACCAAUGA